CUCUCUGCACAGCUGCUCUUGUGAAGGACUUUUUUUCUUUUUUUGUUUUUUUACCUGACUGAACAGAAUUUUUAUUAUACCAGUGAAAUUUCUGAGUUGUUUGUGCUUUGAAGAGUUUUAAGGAUUCCUGCUGAUGUUUUUCCUGAGGGAAGCCAUGCCCUACCACAGAGUCCUUCGCCUGGUCCUGCUAACGCUGUGCAGCAUCCUGGUCCCUGCUGUGCUGGCAGCAGAGUACCCGCAGGACGCGGUCCCCACCCUCUGGAACGAGCCGCCCGAGCUGCCCUCUGGAGCCGGUCCCUUCGACGCUGCCACUGCCACCGCCCGGCUGUCGGAUGCCACUGCCUUCCCCCCGUACACCUCCGAGCUGGAGCCCGAGGACACCACCCACCUGCACCGCCUGGACACCGGGGACGGCUCACUGGGACCCGGGGCUAUUGGUGCCAUUGUCAUCGCCUCCCUCCUGGGUACGUCUGUGCUUGUGGCCUUGGUCGUCAUCACACUGAGAAAGUUCUCGGCCUCCUGA